UUUCUUUCAUUUCUAUCACUGUAUUUGCUUUCUUCCCUUAGCUUCCUCUUUUGGCUGUCACUUGUCAAUGGCGUUGGAAGCCUAUUCAUCACAAAAUACUGAUAAAAUCCAUACAGAUGUUCUCUCACAAGCUCGAAUUUCUUGCUACAAGGCAAGAGAUGCAUUUUAUUCAUGCCUGGAGAAAGAAUCCAGCAAGAAACCUACAGAAAUCGCGACAGUUGGGCUUUUAUACCCUGUUGAAUGCAAGAAAACCAGGGAGGAAUAUGUGAAACAAUGUCGACCUACUUGGGUUAAGCAUUUUGAUAGGCAGUAUUGUGGUAAGAAGAGGGUUCAGAGACUUUUGGAUGAUACUGAGUCAAGGAGAGUGGGUUGCACUGGGAUAGAAGGACUAACUCAAGUCCCGCCAUUGCCCAUUGUGGCUGAUUGGACAGUGGAAGCCGAUAAGGUAGGAGAAGACGGCCCACCGCCGCCGUUGAUGGCGGAGCCUCCGCCCAGUAGUAGUGGGUUGUUGUUGGGUUUCAUGGAGUGACACGUGGAAGUGGAGAUAGCUGUGGCUAAGGAAAUUGGCAUAAGGCAUAAGCCUUUACCUUGAAGAUACUGCAUGGCUGAUCCCAUAUCUUCUUCCAUCAGCUUUGCUACCUGAUGCUCCGUCAUCGUCAUGCUGCUGUCGUUGUUUGCAGACGACGUCGUUCCGUUACUGCCGCCCCGACCUCCAUUUCCUUGUACACAACCACCUCCUCCCUGCAAACCAAAUUAGGAGUAAUUAUUAAUUGUUCAGAAAUGUUAAAGAGUCUUAAAUAUGUCAAGACAUUUUUUCAGCAAUAAGAACAUGGAUUGUUAUUAAGGUUACUCCUGAGGACGUGGUGAGAUUUGGGGCGAAUCCAUAGUUUCGGUUACGAGUUUAUGUGAAUUCGGUAGUUUUAGUUUAGAUCACUUUGAAUAUAUGUUUAAAUAUUUCCUAAAUAUUUGACUAUAAACUCAGUUAUUAUUGUAUGUAAUGAUAACCUGAAGUAGUUGUGGGAAUUCAUAAGCUCAAACAG